GUUGAAGAAAACUAUGCAGAAGAAUGUCUUUCGACUGAAGGUCGUGCAAACAACAAGGAGAGAGAUACAGACCCGAUAUCGUCGUGAAGAGACAUACCCCUUCGUUCUCAUGUGCUCCUUUGUGCUGACUCGUUAGCAAUCGUUAACAACUACGCUGUCGUCGCAGUUAUUAGUAGCACAUCAUAGAUGUAGAUUUAGUAGAUAUUAUCAAAGGAAAAUCUAUACUCCUUCUCCAAAACCUUAAUUUUUGUGGCAUCCUGCACUUGGGCACGCAAGUUAUGGCUUAAACUAGAUAGUUAAGUAGCUAGUUCAAAUAGUUGGUUGGAUCGAAGCUCUGGGCACCGGAUCGAGAAGACCUGCUGGAAUUGAAGGGUAUCUUGUCUUUCUACGUCUGCGUGCCCAAGUGCAGGAUGUUACAAAAAUUAAGGUUUUGGAGAAGGAGUAUAGAUUUUCCUUUGAUAGAUAUUGACCAAGUCGACGAUGUAUUCCAUAUAUUGACUUCUGUUUCUCUUUAUACCAGAAUCUCAUCUGUUCGCCUACUUAUCAAAGCGAAGCAGACGUAAGAACAGGAUUCACAGAAUAAGAAUAUGGCAUGCAGCUACUUUUCCGGACUCUCCUCUUGUAAGUGCAACCUUCAGAGAGGUGUCUAGUCUGUUUCUUCAUCACCCGAAGAACAACAACGGAUUAGCGGUCAGCUGAGCCGAGACUCGGAAGCAUCCAGCAAAAACAACCAUUUUUCCACCGGAGGUUGCUCAUCUUCAUUCAUCGAUGCUGUCUAGGUAUCGAUGAAAGUAGUAACACGUCAUCUCCACAUCUUUGCACUACAGCUACAAUAACAUCACCUGAAGAAACUGAAAUCGACAAGAUGGUGAGGGAUAUUGGUGGAUCCAUCCCCGACCACCAGGAGGACCGGCAGACGACGAGCACGAGCCGAGUGUGCCUAACCGAACAGAACUUCAUGGACGACUACGCUAAGCUUUUAGCGUCUACAGAUAUCGCGAACUCGUUUAGUCCGCUCGUGUUGCCACUUGAUAUAAAACGUCGCGCGGACCAGCUCACGAAAAUAGGCAGCUUACGGGAGCAGAUGCAAAAGAGAUGGGAAGAGCUACUAAGAAGUCAAGACAGCGCAUCACGUGAAGAUGGCAAUACUGAUAGCAUCGAACUAAAAGAACUAGAAGGAGGACUAACCGACGAAAAAAGCGUGUUUCUGCAGAACAACGACCUUGCAAACUCGAUAGAAAAUGAAUUUCAGGGUUUGGUCAAUACUAGGUACCGUUUCAGUGAUCGCUUCGAGGUGACGGUACCACAAGCUCAGAUUCAUCAUCGUCUUGAACACCUGAGGAGCGACAGGAGCAAGGCUAUGGUAAUAAAAACGUCUGUCACAGUGAACUUCGGGUUCGACAUCACGACUAGGGAGGGGGGCACGGAGACAGGCCCUUUUUGCACACUCAAUUUCGAUGUGGUAACAACUCUUGGUAACUUCUUCAGCAAGAAGAAGGACGGUAUUAACUUCGGCAACUUCUUAGGCAGAAACAAGGACGAAGUUGUUGUUGUUCGUAUUAGAGUACCGCCUACUUCAAGGCGUUUUAGGUGCGGAAUCGCAGAUUUGCCAGCAAAUGACGAAGCAUGUACCUACUGCUACUUUCCUUGAAAUGUCGCACAGAAUCUUUUCACAAUAUGAAUAAUUUUCAAUUCGUUUCAUCAUCUUCAUGAAAAUGUCUUUGAUGUCUACGAGCUGAGUGAGCAAGAGAUUACCGAACAGAUCAGAAAUACGGGGACUUUGGGGCUCUUAUCGCCACCUCCUGAUCCAAAAACAAAAUCACUUGGAUUCGAAAUAUUUGCAACCUCGUAGACACUUUCCUUAAAAAUCUAUGUUAAUCCAGUUGAAGAGCGUUUCAAGCCGAAACCGAAAGACAGUGGCAAAGGCUCGGAAGGUGCAGGACACAGUGGUAGUACGACUUUCAUUGAAAUUUUGCACUGAUGAAUCUGUUUUGAAUCUUCUGCAAAUUUCAAUCGAUUUCAUUCAUCAACAUCUUCAUGAAGAUGUCUUUGUCUACGAGUCGGGUGAGCGAAUGCCGGACAAAUAUUAAGCGAUACGACUCAAGAGGUCAGAGAUUCGGUUUCUAACUCAAGAACAAAUUCUUGGAUUCGUAUCAUUUUCAUCGUACACUUUUUUUGAUAAUCUGCAAACUAUUACAGGUCCAGACGACGCGAUGUCGACUACUUCUUCUUCGGCGCUCCAGAUCCCUACCAUUUCGGAAAUUACAACUACCAGCAAAACCGGUACUGGCUUUGGUUCUCGCAUGACGAGCAACUCCGUCACAGGAGAACAGAAGAAUGCAGGUCCUUCUACACGAGAAAUUUUCAGUUACUUCAAUAAUCAGUGAAGUCGCAUGGAUAUGGAAGAAGACGGGUUUUCUGCAGAAAUCAGAACGAAAAGCUUGUUUAUCCUGUUGUUAACCACAAAUCGCCACUCAACCCAACCGCAGGCUCAGCCACUUUUUGUUAUACUUUUCUUCAAAAUCUCUAUCGUAAUCUUCAAAACACUCACAGACCUUCCAUCCGAUGCCUGUGUUACUUCCGAACGAAAGACUUGUUCGGCGCUGGAGAUGGAUACCGCUGAGAUCAAUUCUGGCAUGAUGAGCAACUCCGCGAUGAGCGCUGGUUCUUACGUGAUAGACCUUCAAUGUUUCUUUCUUGCCCUUUGUACAAUGAUCAAGUUUUGUCAUUCAGUUGGAUGGAGCUGGAACAUCAAUUUUUAGCGAAUACUUAUCGAAAUUGAAUAUGAUGCACGAACAGAAUUUAAGUUUGUUUCUUCCUAUCAUUAACCAAAAGUCCUCCUUCUUUUUUUAGCUCAAGUACGUGUGGAAAACGGCGAUGCUUCCGCCUCUGCGAAUGUUAUGGCUAUUUUCAUCUACGCUCUUGCUAGGCCCACUUAUGUAUCUCUGGGAGACUAGUUACUUAGCAACUCCUAUGACUGCAGCAUACUCAUUCGUCUCGCGAGAUCUACACUCAUUCGUCUCGCGAGAUCUACGGAAACGGACGCUGUUGAAUUUAUUUCGUGAAGGAGCGUGACGAGUCUACUAUGUUUACCUUUUUCACACUGUGCAUCACUCGAUCUUGCUAUUUUCACCCAGUAGAUCUGUCCUAAUCAUUCAGCUUGUUUAUUUUUCUAAGACACCUCUCGGAGCGGUAAAAGCAGACAAAGACGAAGAGGGGACUCGAGAUAAUGAGCCUACAGGAGAUUACUUUAAGGCUCUUCCGCUAGUACUUUGAAGACACUAAAUACGGAUCUGCUAUAAUUUUUAACAUACAACUAGAUGAACAAGAAAUCUCCGGGAAAUCUUAGGCAGACUGCCGGAUAGAUUCACAUCGACAACAACAAGCUAAAUUGUGCGUAGUUCUAGUUUUUGGUAAUUGAUUGUUAAGUCCAGUCGGUCCUCGUGGGUAUUAGUUCUGUAUUAUAGUUCUAUAACUCGUGAGAUUUCAUGGUGAAUGCUCAUUCAUCUGAGUGCGAAAUAAUUGGAGUCAACAGUCACCAGGGAAUUAUCUGCAUUACGCUUCCGCCCCUACACGUUCCUUUUUCGAAAAUGAUGCUAAAUGAUAUACAUCUAAUCGUAGGCAGAAGAAAUAUCACAACGCGAUUAUUUGGGGUUCCGUCUCUGCGGUCACUGUUGUGCUCUUCUCUGGUGUCAUAGUUUUCAAGGUGCGCAAUAAACUGAGACGCCACUGUGCUCGCAGGAAUGCUCCCCAAUUUCCGGUGGCGUCUGAUGAUGCAGGUAAGUAAAUACGGUUGCUAACUCAAACAGAAACUGUUUGAUGCUCGACUCCAAUCGCCGGCGUGCAUCAACACUGAAAUUGCUGGAGGAAGAAAGAAGAGCAUGAUCUACGUCUUUUGUGAUUCAUGACACUUCUCCAAGAUCUUCCAUGGUCUCCACUAUCGAAACUCAACUUCAUCACUACUCAAAACUCAACUUCAAUCCUGACAAACACUCAAUACAGCGAUCGAGAGCAACCAACAUCUCUUCGAUGGGGCAGUCAACUACAAGUUCAAGCAGUAUGGCUCCACGUCAGCAAGCAAUCCAGACAGGGAGGAGUCGCCUGCCGCUGAUGAUCUGCCGGAAGGUGCCAGCGUUUGAUACGAUGACCCCCAAUGAGGGGUUGUGGUUGUAGUACCUACUAACUUGUUCUAUGAUAGUGAUGUAUGAUUAACUAAGAUUUAUACAUCACAAAGAAGGGGAAGAGCUUACAGGCAGUAUAGGUACAAUUGGAAAUGAGAAAGUCGAGGAGUUGUGGCAUGACACGAAAAAGGAACCUGUUUCGUGUUCCUUGUCAUUUUUUGUACAUCGAAAUUAUACCAAGUAGCCACUAAGAAGAACUAUGUUGUCCUUGUAGUUUAUCUUAUUAUUCUUGCUCCUCUUGAUGUUCUUAUCCAUGUUUCCUUGUCCGUCACAGCAGUCUAGCAGAACGAAUACAACAAUCUAGAGGAACACUAGUUCUAUUCAUUGUGCAAAAUCAGUCGCAUAAUUUGUACAGAACCGAGCUCCCUCAUUAUGUAUGCUUACUUAUCUCAUUUGAUAGAUUUAAGUAUCUCUUCACAGACAUAGUUGAGGUGACAUCACGGUUAUUAGACAUGAAUUGGUAGGUUCAGGGAAUUGCAUGCUUUCAAAGGUUUGAAUAUUUGGCGCUGGUACGAACAGCAUUUCUACCCUUAUGUAUAGUUAUUUGAGUAGAGCUAUGGUCAUGAUCAAGUAGUUAUACGGCAGAUAUUAUCUACAACAUGAUCAUAAGCCAUGAACUAUGAUUAUGAACGAAGAUUUUCAACAACAGACACUGACACAGACUAUGAAGUUGAAGAUUUCGAUGUACACUACUUAUUUUUGUUUAUGUACGUUGAUGUAGGAGUAUCAAUCUAGGACGGAUCAUUCAACAUCAUUACGACGUAUUUAAAACUGGAGCAAACAUACUAGUAAAGGAAAAUAAUGGGAACAUGUGGACUACAUUACUACAAUUGACAUGUAUUAUAUGCGGGUAUAAUUCUUGGGGGAAAUAAACAUAGAUAAUGUUCUUGGCACGUGUGUACAGCGACGUUAGGGAUGCAUUUAUUAUCGAAGAUGUUGAUAUUGAUACUGUUACUGACCUCUUUCUCUUCUGUUGAGCCAACGACUACGUACUUACAUCAAGGCACCUCUUCGUGUUGGAUUUCGAAGAAUGAAAAAUGAAUCUUCAACAGUUCAUCUUACAGAAGCAAGAUGUGGGCCAAGAGAAGCAUCAAUUUCAUCCUGAGUUAGGACCAGAAUCCUCGCCACCAUUGACUAACAAACAUGGAUUAACAAAAGAUCGCAAUACUAAUUCAGAAAUACCACGAUGGAUUACAUAUCACGAUCGGUGGCGCGAAGCCGCAGCGAAUCUACAAGACAGGAGCAAUCUGCGAUGAGAUUGGCCGUAAAACCCGGGAGCCCAAUACAUCGCCGGCAUCUCAGCCAGCUCCACGAGUAGUACCUGUCCGGAGUUCCCUAGCAUGAGGGCCCUCCACUUAAAAAAG